UUGUACAUUCAGUGGUGUGACGACGCUACAGCUGCUGAGAUCUCCCGUCCCCGAUACAGCAGCCCGUACUCGUGGCCCCUCAGUAACAUCCUGGCCUAUCAGAAGCAGUGGGAGGUUCGCAGGAAGAUGAAGGCCAUCGGCUGGGGAGGGAAAACCCUGGAGCAGGUUUACGAGGAUGUGAGUCAGUGCUGCCAGGCGCUCUCGCAGAGGCUCGGGACACAACCGUACUUCUUUAACAAACA